AAUGCACCAUCGUCUUCAUCGCGCUUAAUACUCGUCGCUCCUCAUUAAUCGACUGCACUCGCCAGGGCCCGUGAUCCCAUCAACCUCCGAACCUCCGACCCACUCUUCCGGCCCCCGACCGCUACCGUUGCCGCCAUCGAUAUCGAUUUGUCCCUUCCCGGCACCGUCCGCCAAUCCAUUCAUCGCUUUCCCAGGGCAUGUUUAGUUCGGCCACUGCCGCCCGGGCGUAGAGCAUGUCGGCUUCGCCGUCUUGCACUCCGCCGCGACGGCCACUUCACGAGCGCACCGACUCUGAGAACAAUCGCCUCGGGAUCCGGCUCGUUCCUUAUAGUCCGCCCCGAAUCAACACCGAUGGCUCCCCCUCUUCCCGCCCCGUUUCCUACGCGGAUGCAAGCACCGAGACCGAUACGCAACCUUGGCCUAGGUGUUCUUCUCCCCUGGCCCCAUCCAGUUUCUACUACGAGGAGUCUCCGUCACCCAUGGUUUGGACCAAAAUCCGCCCUGUUGGUACCCCAGACUCGAGACGUGCUUCGAGACUCGCAUCUUCCGAAUCGAGCUCUCCUUGGCGCCCCUUGACCGAUGCCGACGACGUCGACACCACCGCUCCUGAUGACUCUUUUCAAUCCGCGAGUGAGCUUUCGCCAUCGCAACGACCAUCAUCUCAGUCCUCAUCCCGACCGACUUCUGCACGUCGCAAAAUCAUCAAUGUUCACUCCAACAAGACCUUCUCCGUGCAUCCUCAGGAUCUCUCAACCUCGUCCAGAACCGACUCCAUUUGGUCCCCUCCUCCCUCCUUCAGCACACGAAACAGCUCAUAUGGCCGCCAGUCCAUGGGCGCAUUCAGCGACGACCAGCAGGACCGCCCUAGUUCGCCAUUGACUCCCCUCGCUGAGCGCAGCGUCACCUCCAAGUCUCCAGUUUCGUCACCCACUCAGCGUGUCCGAUCCAGCCCCCGAGUGUCACCCUGGAACUAUCGUAUGAUUGGCGGCGUUCGGAAGGUUCCUAAGACCCCCGAUCUCAAACAGAAGCAGCCUCAGCUCUCGUCAACCCCUUCCUCCGUACCACCCCUGCCAUCUCUGCCCGAGAUCGAGCUCACCAAUCCGAUCGACGUUUCAUCAACCCAGCCGCUCAAUGAGAAGCCGUCCUUCCACUCGACUCAUUCGUCUCAGUCGAGAUCCACACUCUCUGAUAGGACCAACUACAAGAUCUAUGGCCAGAGCUCCCCCGUGCCCGUCGCCGAAUUGGACAGCCUGCCUGCCUCAUCCAUCCGUUCGAACUAUGAGCUACUGGGCGGCCCUUCCUCAACAGAACCUUCCGUCCAUGAUCGAACCCGCCCGCACACCCGCGAGAGCGAGGCCAAUUACGUUGUUCAUGGUGGCCCUUCUUCCGCAUCCUCUGUUGUGGCUGUCAGGAACCGACUGAACCCCGAAUUCUCUCAAGAGAGUCUUAUUGUUGCUCCUCUGCGACCGAUUAAGAAGCGGUCCUGGGAGAGUUUUGGUCUGGCAAAGACCCGUUCCCACGACUCUGUUCGUACCGGGUCGUUGACUUCCAUUUCCACCAUCAUGACCCAGGAGGCUACGCGAGCCUUAUUUGUAGGCCCUGCGACCAUAUUGCACCAGGUUGGACCGAACUGGAGCUCUUCUUCCGGCGUUCACUCGAAACCGCAGCCAGCUGUUCGUCCGCACCAAUGGAGCUCUCAGCUGUCAACUGUCCUCUCCGAGAGCGAGGGAGGCAGCGAACCCGCAUCUCGCGCUCUGUCUCUUGCUUCGUUUGCCGACAGACGCAGCAGCACGCACAGCAAACAUAUUCUGAGUAUGGUCUCUUCUUUGGCUGGCCUAGAAGAGCACACUGGCGGACCAUCGCAUUCAAGAAGGGCUUCAUUGGAACCGCCGACAGCGGCCUACAACCGAAACUCGCUCCGCGACCCUAAUACAGGCACAAUCCGCCUCAUUCGUGACCACGAUGAGGAUGGUGAUGGUCUGGCCCCCCUCGAGGAGUUGCGACACCGUCAUUCACGGACUCGACUGGGCAAAAUGCUUUCGACUUACGCUUCGGACCGCAGUCUCAGAUCCACAGCAAGCUUCAACGCGGCGGUCCCAACUUGGGCAAAGGUCUACUAUGGCAGUGGCGAGCGGAAGUGGUUGGCUUAUAAGCCUUCAUCCGAAUCUAUGUUCUCUAAUUUCAGCUUUACGGACAGCCAGGCAGGCGGUCUUAGCCGCUCCCCAAGCCAAGACCGUCAUGUUUCGGACAUCUUUAGCCCUCGUCGGCGACCGCGGGACCCUGUAGCACACCAUGGUGGGCAUCGCGAGUCGAAUACUGGAUCAAUGGACAUAACUCCCCUCCCACCACACCCCGUUUUGGCGGUUGUACGCAAUCUCAAGAAGCAAACUUCUAGUAUCUGGUCGCCACACUUAGGCCGGGAUCGCAGACCUAUCAGGCAGAGUAUUUGGGAACCCCCGUCGGCAGACUGGGAGGCAAGGAGCGAAUUGACUGGGAGACGAAAUGCCCAAGUUGCCAUGUUCGUCGUCGGAUUCAUAUUCCCUUUCGCUUGGAUGAUUGCUGCAACCAUUCCCAUCCCCACUCCCUUGGGACCUCGGAUCAAUGACACGGAGCAUGGCCACAGCCAAUCUAAACUGAGCUUGCGACACGACCACGGCAGUCAAACCCAACUCGUGGAAGACGACAUGCAUCGUAGUGCGAUGUGGUGGAGGAAUGUCAACCGUGGCAUGUCCAUCAUCGGCCUGCUCAUGCUUGGUGCUGUAAUUGCACUUAUUGUUGUCGGUACACGACAAGGCUGGGGUACCUAAUUACCCCUUUUUGAAACACUUUUACGAAAAAGCGAAAAGACGUCUAGAUGACCGAGGGUUGGGACACGUCCCGCCCCUGAAUUCCCAUCAUACAGCAUGAUGGCAUCUCAACGAUUUGACGACCAACGCAUCACGAUGGCUCCCCUUUUUGCCACACAAUCUUUCACGAUUAUCUUCACGAUUUGUUUUUUAUUUAUUCUGCUUCUCGAAAAGCUGCGACGACGCACGAUCAUUUCUUUGGAUUCUUUCCAAACCUUCAACGACACACGAUCUUCAAGAUUUAUUUGACUACAAAAACCCACUUCACGGUACACGAUCUUUGACGGACCUCAACAACACCUCGACGCUCAAUCUUCUUUUCCUCCUCCACCGUUAUACUGAGCCCUUU